AUGGCGUUAGUUGCCACAGACCUCUCCAUUGGCAAAUUUGUAAGCAUUCUUGAGAGUGAAGCAGCAUCCAUAGCGGGCGUUCGUGAUCAAGUUGAUGAGAUUAAGCGGGAGCUGGUGAUCAUGAAAUCCUUCUUGGAGGAUGCUGACGGAGGCAAGAAAGCACACACAGAAGUAGAGAAAGCGUGGGUUGCGAGCAUUCGAGACUUGGCCAAUGAUGUCGAAAACAUCAUUGAUGAAUUCAUGCAUCACAUGUACAAGCAACAAAGGGGCGGUCGAUGUCCAAAGUGGCUCCUCAAAACCAUUCACUUUCCAAAGAACCUUUGGUAUAUGGGUCAAAUAGCCAAGAAGUUACAGAAAAUUGCCGGAACGAUUAGAGCUAUUCCAGAGAGAAAUGAGAGAUAUGGUGGUGCUGCAGCAGUAGAAGGGAAAAGUACUUCUGAGGAUAUUCGCAGAUGGGUGCAGAACCAAGCGGAGUCUUCUCUUUACCAUAAGGAGAAUGAACUCGUCGGGAUUGAAGAUGAUAAGAAAAUGUUGAUGGGAUGGCUGAUGAACAACGAGCAACACCAAAUUGUUGUCUCCGUGGUCGGGAUGGGAGGAUCAGGGAAGACAACUCUAGUUGCAAGGACUUUCACCAACGAGGUAGUCAAGAAACAUUUCGAAUGUUACGCCUGGAUUACUGUUUCCCAGUCUUACGUGAUUGAAGACUUACUUAGAAGAUUGAUCAAAGAAUUCCACAAAGCAAGGAGGGAAGAGGUCUCUGCAGACAUGAAUGCCAUGUGCUAUAUCGAAUUGAUUGAGAUUUUGGUUAACUACUUGGAGACUAAAAGGUACCUUGUUGUAUUGGAUGACGUGUGGGACAUCCUUCUUUGGGAAAGAAUAAGGCUUUCAUUUCCAGAUAAACAACUUGGAAGUCGAGUCAUGCUUACAACUCGAAGAGAGGACAUAGGAUCGUACUCUUUUGGAGUUGAAAGCCAUGUUCACAAGAUUCAACCCCUGGAAAGGCGAGAUGCUUGGGAGCUCUUCAGCAUGAAAGCCUUCUCAAAAGAUGAGGUGAUCAUAAAUCAGAGGCUCAUUAGAUUGUGGAUCGCCGAAGGAUUUGUUGAACAUGUCAAAGGGGUAACACCAGAAGAAGUUGCAAACAGCUGUGUUAUGGAACUCAUUUUUCGUAACAUGCUACAGGAAAGGUAUCGAGAAUGCCAACAAGCAUGUAAGAUGCACGAUCUUAUGCGGGAGAUUGCUAUGUCUAUAGCAGAAAAAGAAAAGUUUUGUGCCGUUCUUGAUGGGAGUGAAACAAUGGAAGAAACCGGGGCCCUCCGUUUGUCAUUCAAACAACUAAUGGAGAAAUUGGACCAUGCAAAGAAAUUCCCUUUUGACCCUACAUUGUUGAGGGUUCUAGAUUUGGAGGGUGUCCCAAUUGAUCGUCUGUCAGAUGAACUAACGUACUUGUUUAAUUUAAAAUAUUUGAAUUUGAGAAACACUCGAAUUAAGGAGCUUCCAGAAUCCAUAAGACGGCUCCGCAACCUUCAGACCUUGGACCUCUUGAAGACAGAUAUAGAGGCACUUCCAAUAGGGAUUUCCAAGUUGAUAAACCUGCGCCAUCUUGUUAUGUGCCAUUCCAAAAGCGGUUCAAAGUUAGUUGGGGUAAAAUUACCAUCAAGUAUUAGUAAGAUGAAGAAAUUGCAAUCUUUAGGAUGUAUUGAAUCAGAAGGAAAUAUUAUUAGACUUAUUGGAAGUAUGACCCAGCUUACGGUCCUUGGCAUUACAAAUGUGAAAGAAAGAGACGAGAAGGACCUACGUGCCUCAAUUCAAGAGAUGAAGGUCCUUUCCUACUUGUAUUUAUCGGUAGCAGAUGGAGAGGAAUUUCUUCGAAUUGAUGCAUUGUCUUCACCGUCAUCCUACCUUGAUGGACUUGACUUGAUACGCAAACUGGAAAAAGUACCACAUUGGUUUUGUUCACUCCAGUGUCUCACACAUUUGUAUCUGCGUGGGUCUAGACUUGAAGAAGAUUUACUCCCUCAUAUUGAAGCAUUGCCCUCUCUACUUUCGCUUUGCCUUAAUGAUUCCUAUGUUGGGAAAGAGUUGUGUUUCAGUAGAGGCUUUGUGAAGCUUAGAUAUUUGGAAUUGAGGAAUCUCUCAUUAUUAAGCAAGAUGACUAUAGAAAAACGGGUGAUGCCAAAUCUGAAGUUCUUAGGCAUUUAUAGGUUCUUGGGAUUAGAGACAUUGCCACAGGGUAUUGAGCACCUUACUAAACUACAAGGAUACAAAUUUGAAUGUGUUUCAGAGAAAUUUGCAGAGUCCAUACGAGAAGGAGGUGUGGAUCAUGCAAGGAUGCUACUCGUCGACGAGAGAUGUAACAAAUAUACAAACAAGUCCAGCAAUUGA